AUGGGGUUGAUCAAGGAAGGAGAAAUUGGAGCUGAGAAGAGAGCUUUAGGAAGAAAAGAACGUGAAGGGAUGGCUGGCUCAAUAGCUAAUGGAAAUUUUAUGUGCAGAUGGCGGAAAAAAAUGCUGAAAAUCAUUAAAAAAAAUUUGAGAAAUCAUCAUUAUGAUGGCACUAAUGCUUAUUAUGAGGUUGAUUUGGAUACUUUUAGGAUGUCACUAGGAACAUUUGGGGUGGGACAGAUUCUUCUGAUAAAAAUGAUGAGUGGGGCAAUGAGAGUUGCGGUUCUAUUGCUUUUUUGUUUUCAUUUUUUUGUAGUUAGUCGGGUUGUAGGGAGAGAUGUGAAUUUUGUUAAGGAUGAGAAAUUUUUGACUGCUGUUGGUAAGGGAGGUGGGUUUGGAUUUGGAGCUGGGGGUGGUUUUGGGACUGGUGCAGCAGGAGGAGGAUGGGGAGGUGGAGGUGGAGGUGGAGGUGGGGGUGGAAUAGGAGGUGGCGGCAUUGGAGGAGGUGCAGGUGGGGGAUUUGGUGGCGGUGGUGGAUUUGGAAAAGCGGGUGGUAUAGGAGGCGCCGGAGGUGGCUUUGGAGGAGGUGGAGGCGGAGGAGCUGGUGGAGUAGGCGGUGGUGCCGGAGGUGGCGUUGGAGGAGGUGCUGGUGGAGGAGCAGGUGGUGGUGCUGGAGUUGGAGGAGGUGUAGGUGGUGGUGGUGCUGCUGGAGGUGGCAUUGGAGGAGGUGCUGGUGGAGGAGCCGGUGGUGGUGCUGGAGUUGGAGGAGGUGCAGGUAGUGGUGGCGGUGCUGGUGGCGGCGUUGGAAGCGCUGGUGCUGGAAUUGGAGGAGGUGCAGGUGGUGGUGGUGGUGCUGGAGGCGGCGUUGGAGGAGGCGCUGGUGGAGGUGCUGGAAUUGGAGGAGGUGCAGGGGGUGGUGGUGCUGCUGGAGGUGGCGUUGGAGGAGGUGCCGGUGGAGGAGCAGGUGGUGGUGCUGGUGGAGGAGCUGGAGCUGGAGGCGGCGUUGGAGGAGGUGCCGGUGGUGGUGUUGGUGGAGGAGCUGGAGUUGGAGCCGGUGCAGGCGGUGGUGCUGGUGCUGGAGGUGGCGUUGGAGGAGGUGUUGGUGGAGGAGCAGGUGGUGGUAGUGGAGUUGGAGGCGGUGCAGGUGGUGGUGCUGGUGCUGGAGGUGGCAUUGGAGGAGGUGCAGGGGGUGGAGCUGGUGGAGGAGUAGGAGGUGGUGCAGGAGGUGGGGCUGGUGGUGGAGUUGGGGGUGGAGCAGGCGGGGGAGUAGGAGGAGGAGCUGGUGGAGGCAUUGGUGGUGGUGCCGGAGGUGGAGCAGGUGGAGGCGUAGGAGGAGGGGCUGGAGGAGGCCUUGGCGGAGGUGCUGGAGGUGGGGCCGGUGGCGGAGUAGGGGGUGGAGCAGGUGGUGGCUUUGGAAAAGGUGGAGGUAUAGGAGGUGGUGCAGGCGGUGGUUUUGGGGCUGGAGGAGGUUUUGGUGGAGGGCAUGGGGGAUUUGGUAAGGGUGGAGGAAUUGGCGGUGGCGGUAGUUUCGGAGGUGGGACUAGUCCUGGAAUUGGCCGUCGCAAAUUGUGAUCUCACUGAUGCCGUUGGAAACAAAGCAAAACUGGGCAAUUUUUUAAGCAAGAUUAUAAAGAUUUUAGAAAUUUUAUAGCAAUGGAAAUUUCACUCGCAUCUUUUUCAUUUUCAUUCUGUCCGUCCGUUCAAGUCUGCAAUCAGAUUAUAUGAAAAGCAAAGUUUUAUUUAUUAUUCCA